GAUUAAACCUGGAGGUUUAUCCUAAGGCAAAACGUGGAGGUUUAUCCUCUUCGAUGUGUUACCGACAGAGUGGAGGUUUAUCCUCUUCGAUGUGUUACCGACAGAGUGGAAAGCCCACCCAACAUGAGCAUGUGAACCACCAACUCUUUCAUAACAAUUGGCUCUCCUUUUCCUCAGCGGUUGACUUCUGCCAUCAGUAAUUCUGGUUCUAUACGCCAAUUUCUACACUCAAUAACUAUACAUUCUCGCAUAUUUGUAGUGUAUCACAAAAUGUGUAUCACAAAUUUUGGCGUGUAUCACAAAUUAAUCAAAUUCCUGGAUUUAUUUGCUUGAACUGUUUGCAUUCACCGCUGAUAUGUUUAUUUUUCUAAAAAAAUCAGGCGAGGCCAAAGUCACAGGUGUCAUUUGCACGCCCGUUUUGUCUGUGCUGUGCAAGGACAAUCAAUGAAAAGAUGCUCCACUUAUCUUGUACCGACUACCGAGUAGCUGGGAAUGUAAUGCGUCAGUUUUGGACUUGCUCUUUUGCAGUUGGAAAUAAACACUAAAGGGCAUGAGUAUAUAAUUAAGAUUGUGGAAUUUCUGGGUCUUUCUUGGUAGAACAUACAAAAAUACAAGAUGGUGGUGGGAGGUGUUAAUUUGGUAGUGAAGUAUGUGGUUGGGGUGAUAGGGCUUUAUCUGGUUGCGAAAUCAUCAUCAUCAUCAGCUGAUGUUAAUGAGCGAUUGAACAUAUGGCCAAUGCCCAAAUCAGUUAGCCAUGGCCACCAUAGUCUUUAUUUGAGCAAUGAGUUUGAGCUGAAGACCCAUGAAAGCACUUAUCCGGAUGUUUCUGGGAUUCUCAAGGAUGGAUUCCUGAGGACACUUGAUGUGAUAAGAGGAGCUCAUGUGUUUGAUGCUCAUGUUUUUUCUCUCAACCUACUGAAAGGGAUUCAUGUGGACGUUCUUUCGCCCCACGAUGAGCUGCAGCACGGAGUUGACGAGUCUUACAACUUGUCCAUACCUGGGGAUACUAACGGUGUCUAUGCAUACCUUAGGGCACAAACAGUUUAUGGAGCUCUACACGGGUUGCAGACAUUUAGCCAAUUAUGCUAUUUCAACUUCCAAACCAAAGCAGUUGAAGUGCGUCAAGUACCGUGGACUAUAUUGGACCAGCCAAGGUUCACUUAUCGAGGCCUUUUAAUCGAUACGGCACGACAUUAUCUGCCACUUCCAGUAAUAAAGAAAGUUAUUGAUUCCAUGACAUAUGCGAAACUGAACGUAUUGCAUUGGCAUAUUGUGGAUACACAAUCUUUCCCACUUGAAAUGCAUUCAUAUCCAAAACUGUGGGACGGGGCUUAUUCUAGUCUAGAGCGGUACACGAUAGGUGAUGCUACUGAAAUUGUAAGAUAUGCGCAAAGACGUGGAAUCAAUGUUUUGGCUGAAAUCGAUGUUCCAGGACAUGCACAGUCGUGGGGUGUAGGCUAUCCUUCACUAUGGCCAUCAAGAGACUGUCAGCAGCCAUUAGAUGUGAGCAAUGAAUUCACCUUCAACGUAAUAGAUGGCAUCCUCUCAGAUUUCAGUAAGAUCUUCAAAUACAAGUUUAUUCAUCUUGGGGGAGAUGAAGUGAAUACGAGCUGCUGGACAUCAACUCCUCGUAUAAACAAUUGGUUAAAGAAACACCAACUGGAUGGACCAAUGGCAUACCAGUAUUUUGUCUUACGAGCACAGAAGAUAGCUUUAUCUCAUGGAUAUGAUAUUAUAAACUGGGAAGAGACCUUCAACAAUUUUGGCAAUAAGUUGAGCCCCAAAACUGUUGUCCACAAUUGGCUAGGCGGUGGUGUGGCUCAGCAAGUGGUUGCAGCAGGAUUGCGGUGCAUCGUGAGCAACCAAGACAAGUGGUAUCUUGACCAUUUGGAUGCCACGUGGCAGGGUUUUUACAUGAACGAGCCACUCGCUAACAUCACCGACAUCAAGCAGCAGGCUUUGGUUCUUGGCGGGGAGGUAUGCAUGUGGGGAGAACACAUUGAUGGUUCUGACAUUGAGCAAACGAUAUGGCCCCGUGCUGCUGCUGCUGCAGAGAGGCUAUGGACAUCAUAUGACAAUAUCGUCAAGGAUCCACUUAAAAUUGCUGGAAGGCUGGCACACUUCAGGUGUCUCUUGAACCAUAGAGGAGUGGCUGCUGCUCCAUUGUUCGGUUUAGGGCGAGAUGUGCCGUCAGAUCCAGGCUCUUGCCAUUUGCAGUAAACAAAAUGUAUCACCAUCCUAUACUUGUCUGUUGUUCAUUUCAACCCUCAUAACUAAUCUAAUAAACACACAUACGAUUAGAUGUGUGCUGAACUAUGUUGUUCAUAAUAAAUUAAAAAUAAAUAAUGUGUCAUAUUGUUCCAAUACCUUUUUUCAUCAUUUCCAAUAGAGACAAAGACUCGCCUUUUUUUGCUUAGAAAUAUGAUGUAAUACAGCAAAAAUGACUCACUAAAUUGUUUGCUUGUUAUGAAGCAACAUUCAAUAUAUGCAAUUUUCGGCGUGAUUUUCAUCAUGGAUUAUCUGAAA